AUGAGCGGCUCCUCCCACUCUCCCACACACCACCGCCAAAGGAGCGACCUGACUUGUUCGCCAGCCCCGUCGCGACCAGCGGUCCCCACCAAGUCUUCCAGCGUCGAUCCUGUCGUAUCCCAGGCGCUCGAAAUCGCCCGAGAGUCCCCAGAUGGCGCCUCCGACCCCACGAUAAGCAACAUUCUUGAGAACGCGCUUAAUCAAAUCUGGGCCAAGGUUCAAGCCGCCCCCGACUCGUACAUCAUGUCUCGGGAUGAGUUUUCGCUCUUCAACUUCUACCAGCACCGCUUCGUUGGUGACAAGCUCGCCAUCGCCGCGCGGAGGAGAUACUGGGACAACGCUAGCGCUUGA